CUUCAGUCAGCUUCCACACACACACACACCAAAAUGUCACUGAAUGCAGAUGCGGAUGUCGUUCUGAGUCCAGAUCAUCAUCACUCGCACAUUGACGUGCUCUGCAUGGCCGACGUCGCCAAUGCGGCCAAGACGAUGACCGUGUCGGUGGAGGAUUCGCAGCAAUCCCAAACGCCGACAGCCAAUCCACCGCAGCCAACCUCAGCCAACAACACAAGCAGCACUUCGACAGCAGCGCCGCACACAUUCAUCACGGUGAUUCACAGCGCAGGAGCAGCGUCGAGCCCAACAUCGGCAUUGGACGACCAGCAGCAGCAACAGCAGCAGCAACAACGCCGCGGGUCGGUUUUGAUGACCAACACCAACGCUGCGUCCUCAGCAUCAACCACGAGCACUGGUUCGAGUAUCAACAGCUUGAAUGCUGCCGCUGGUUCAGCAAGCAAUGUAUCAGCAGCAGCGCAGAUGGUGGUGGUCGCGGCGGGGUCGGCGGUCGGGAUGCACGGGGACGACUUGGCCAAGCUGAACGUCGGAGGUCGGCGGUUUCUCACAUCGUGGUCGACGCUCGUUGGCGAUGAGGCGAAUGGCGACAACUACUUUGCUGCAUUGCGCCGGUAUGAGCAAGCUGGUGGGCUGCAGCUCAAGGACGAGAAAGGGUAUCUGUUUAUCGAUCGCAAUCCGAGCUACUUUGAAGUUGUGCUGGACUACCUGCGAUCGGGCAGGUUGGAUUGCCCGCCACACCUGUCAACCGAUCGAGUCUGGGACGAGCUUGACUUUUUUGGGUUGCACAACGAGCCAAACCCAUUGGACUCGCUCUCGGACAGAGCAGUGAGGCUCUUGACGCAUGCUCGCCUGUACAAGAAGAUGGACGAUUCAUUGGUGCAGAAUGCUGCGGUAGUCGAGGAGCUGAAGAAGGUUGUCUUUGGCACCUUCACGCAGCUGAUUGAAGAAGACCGCCCGCUCCAGGUGCAGUUCUGGCCAGCUGCCGCGACCAUUCUGGCCGCCGCGGAACCGCUGGUCAAUCGGAGUCCCUCGCGAAAUCCGCUCCAGCUGGAGCUCCAGCUGAUGCAGUUUCUUCCGGACAUUCCAGGCAUCGUCAAGAGCGAUCGGCUUUGGGCUGGCUUGUCUGCCGCCAAGGACGCCCUCAUUCACGGCAUGCUCGCGCACCACAGCCUCACCAUCACGGUCGAAAAGUGCUUCAUGCACAUCUUUAUUCUCGGCAACGGCAGCUGGCACCUCUCCCAUGUGAGGCUGAAUCACAUUCACGGCGGCGAAGGUGCUUCGUCGCGCAGCCAACUCGGCCGCGCCCAAUUUGAAGGCUACAUUUUGACUUGGCAAGGUGCUCGCACAUCCGCUCCAAGCGGCAGUGUGGUGCGUGGCGGAGUCUCUGUCAGUGGAUCAGGAGAAGUUGGCUCCAGCAGCGUUCAGGUCAGCCCGAGCGGGAGCUUUCCUUGACAACAUCAUGGUGCCUGUGUCUGUGCCUUUGAGGACCAGAGAAAUGUAGUUUGCAAAUUAAUAAACAGUGUCUUUCGGCA